AUGAUUCGUGUUUGCUUGUUUAAAUUUAUGUUUUUGACGCAACUGUCGACCAUCUACACCGAAGGAUGUGAUUCUUUUAACAACACGGACAUAAGUGCGAGUGACCAUAUGGAUGAUGAAUUGAACUUCUACGUGGUGGACGGUUGCCUCGAACCCAAGGAUUUGGAAGGGGGACUCUUUCGAAGGGUGACCGUUCACAGUAAAAUAACGCGGCUGGGCAAGGAUUCUAUCAGGAAUCUGCCAAAACUGGAAUGGCUAUCCAUACAGGAAAAUAGUCUGGAGAUUCUCGAGCCGCAAGCCUUUAGAAAUGUGCCGAGUCUCAAAUAUGUGAUACUGCACAAGAACAACCUCAAGGAGAUACCAAAAGACGUUUUCAACUUAGUUCCCACCAUUAGACAACUGUUCAUAUCCUCCAACAAAAUCGACUUCAUCGCGAGUGGAGCCUUUUCCAAUAUGGAGUCGCUCGAAUGGAUCGUCUUGACCGAAAAUGCACUCACAUAUUGGAACAGAGACUGGUUUGAGAACUGUCCCAAACUAAAGUAUAUCAGAAUCUCCAGCAACAAAAUAUCCGUUAUCCCGAGAAGAGCGUUCGCAUCGCUGCCGUCGCUACUUGGCAUCGAUUUCACAAGGAACAAGAUCACCAUCAUCCAACCAGAUGCCUUCCGGAACUUGAAAAGCCUCGUUUAUCUAGGCCUGGACCAAAACGGGCUCACAGUGCUGGACGAGCGAGCGUUCCCCAACAAAAUGCACAUCGAGAAUCUGAAUAUCAACAACAACCGCCUCAACUAUUUGCCGGACAAGCUGCUGAGCAAGUUAUCUGUCGGGAGCAUCAUCAUGGAUCAGAACCCCUGGAAGUGUCAAUGUCUGCAGAGGAUACACGACUGGCUGUUUUUCACCAGCGGCAGCGUCAACGUAUCGAUGCAUCACUGCAGAACACCGUACGACCCGAUUUGCGUAGUUGCUCGAGGUAAAGCAUGCGAAGAAAGUGUUGAAGAAGAUUCGACGCGAAGGUACAUCGGACAUAUGAGAACUUUGACUCAGUCGUUGGGGGAAAAGUGUGCGAUUUUGUUCUCUCAAACUGUGGUACAAUGA